AUGUGCCCCGUGGCCACUCGGCACCGGCAGCUGCUCCCCUUCCGGCAUGUUCCCCGGGAGCAUGGCCCGCCCCAGGGAGCAGAGACCCCUGUGCCCCCUCCCAGCUGUCGGGAGACGCGAGGAGGCCUCGCUGUCGUGUUCGAUUCAGCCGUCCAAGGAAACCCGGUGUGGGCUGGAGACACCAAGCUGAAGAGGCCACCUCAAGGAAGAAGGAGCCCAGUCCCGUCCUCACAGCCGGUGAUGACUGGGAACCCCCCUGGGAGAGCCCGGAAGGGAGACUUGAGUACCCCUCACCAGCAUAAGCCACACUCAGCCCCGGCCUUCCGAGGGGCAGGCUGUCUCCCCGUGCCAACAUCCCCCGCCAUGGGAGGGCCAGGGAGGGCGUCAUUUCGGCGCCAAGACGGAGACUUUUAUUCCAUUUUAUCAUCAAACCCUGGACAAGAAGGCAAGGACAUGGGAGAGGAGCUUCUAGUGGUUGGUACACACCCAUCCCACUCUCUUCUCAAUCAUAAAAGAAGCAGAUUUGGGGGGAUGUCGGCCCCCAAUAAGGCCAAAAAUAAGCAUCCGGAAGAAAACGCUGACCACAGCAGCGGCCAUUCGUUAGGAGGAGACCUGUCGGUGUCCCUGACUUCAGCUCGCAGCUCAGACACUGAGAGAAGCUUGAGGCUCGGUGUUCACUGCCCGCUGUGCCCCACCCAAGGCAGGAACCCACGUGCCGGUGCUGAAAGCCACAGCUAUCUCCCAGGCAACGGUGUGCAUGGGUCUGCUGUCAGGGGGCCAGGAGAUACCGCUUUAAGAGGCCAACCUCGGGGCUUUCCGUUCUCUACAGAAGGUGUCCCACAGAAUCCACAGGGCGGCAUGUCCCUGGUGGAUCCACCCGACCCUUUUCCAUCAAGAAUGCACAGACCAGGCUACCUGCAGGUGCCCAGGUCCCCACAAGACAACAGACCGUCGGCUUUCUUUGUAUUGUCUGAAUUUCUAAAUCACAAUGAUGGUAGGAACAGACUGGCAGCCUCUGGCUUCACAGAUGACAAGGAUGUCACCAAGAUAAAGGCAGACCCUGAAAGACUCAAGAAAUUGCAAGAAAGCCUCCUGGAGGAGGACGUCGAGGAGGACGGGGACUCCUGCCGCAUCUGCCGGGGAGCCGGGGCCUCCCCAGACAACCCCCUCCUGCAGCCCUGUGGCUGUGUGGGGAGCCUGCGGCUCGUCCACCGAGUGUGCUUGGAGACGUGGCUGAAAGCGAAAAUAGCAGCAGGGGCGGCCCUGGACACCGUGCGGACCUGUGAGAUGUGCAGGCAAGGCCUGCUGGCGGAGCUGGACGGCCUGCAUGUGGCAGAGUUCUACCAGAAGUGCCGGCGAGCCCAGGCACAGAGCGAGCUCAUGAACUCGGGCCUGUACCUGGUCAUGCUGCUCCAUCUCUACGAGCAGAGGUUUGCAGAGCUCCUGAGGCUCAACUACGGCCAGGCGGCCAGGGAGCAGUCUGUCCCUCCCAAGCUCUCCUGUGGUUCUAAUGGUGACAUGAAUUCCUCCGAGAAAUACACUUCAAAGAAGGAGUAUGAGAAGCAGGGAGCGGCCUUCGUGCACGUCUCUGGAAACUUCUUUCCAUGA